AUGUAUCAGGGUCUUAUGAUUACCAUCAUAUACUGCUUCACCAACAAAGAGGUGAACACUGUUCUGAAGGCGUUCUACGACCGCUAUCGCUUGCAACACACAAGUCAACACGAACUGCGCCGAGGGUCGCGCUCAAUUGCGUCUCACUAUCAAGCUCGGAAUGGCCAGGUGACACUAACUAUGGACAAUAACAACGGCGCAUCCCUGUCACCAUACACUCAGCGGUCGAAAAAAGGCAGUGGAGACUCAACAGCCAAGUUGAUGCUCAGUGUGCCGCAUUGCGGUGACGAACUUGUAAAUAAUAACGGUUACGGUGCAGCCAGCGAAAGAACUCCUUUGAAGACGCAGUGCGACUGUUCGGACGAACUG